UGCAUUCAGGAGGAAUCGGAGUUUUUAUAACCGGAGCAGGAAAAGUCCCCGUAAAUACCGGUGUCCUGCCGGGAUUUCUCCGGUAAAGUCGGUGAAGUUUCUCAGCGUGAUUCUGAACCGACAGCUGCUCAGUGACCUCCAAGGGAACGCACCUCCCGUUAUUUCAGCCCGUUAAUAUGUAGAGCUGCAGCUAACGGACCGUUAGCUUCUUUUUCUCUUCAGUUUGUUCAGUUUAAUAACCGGUGUCUCUGAAUGAUCGCCUCCUGUUUGUAGAAAAGCAGAAAGAAAGUCGUUCCUCCGACUUUGGACCAAAAGUAAAGUCAUAUGGGGUCAGAGUUUCCUCCUCCGAGGUUCCCUGAACGCAGCAGCAGUUCUGCAGUAACCGGAGACUUUAAGCGGAAGAAGAAAUAGUUUAUUAUGACAAUAUCUUUCAGUAGAGUAUCUAUUAAUGUAAAUGAAUCAUGCAGUGAUCACUUUAGUGUGUAAAUAACACAACGUAACAGCUGUGACAUCAGAGGGAGAUUACGCAACACAGCGGCACUAUUCUCAUCCAAUCAGAACCGAAGCCGAACCUCCAAUCAGAAGCUUCACAUCAAGAAUCCGUUAACAGAACAGAGGUGUUUAUCAUGUCCAAGGAGCAGGUGAGCAUCAAUGAGCUCCUGCUCUCAUUGGACAGUUCAGAGCUGCAGGAGGCGGAGCAAGUGAGAGCAGCAGUCAACCAGCAGCUGAGUACAGACAGAGGUGGUGCUGUCCUCUCCUGUCUGGUGGAACAUUACCUGGACUCCUCGUCCCCUCAGGUGGUUUUCCUCCUGUCCUCCAUCAGAGAGCCUCAUCACAAGCUGCUGCUGGAGAAGCUGAAUGAGUCCCUCAGCAGACCUGGAAGCCGAUUGGCCGGUCUCACUCUGCUGGGUCACCUGAUCAGGAAGCAGCCUCCCUGGGUUCAUCACAUGAGCCGCUCGGCCCUGCUGGCCUCCCUGCUGCGCUGCCUCAAGACGGACAGUGACAUCGUGGUUCUGAUCUCCGGGGUUCUGGUCCUCAUCACUCUGCUGCCGAUGAUCCCUCAGGCCGGGAAGCAGCACAUCUAUGACUUCUUCGACGUGUUCGGACGACUCGCCUCCUGGAGCUUCAGGAACCCUGGUCAUGUGCCCGUGGUUCACCUGGUGCACCUGCAUGCAGGUGUGUACUCUCUGUUCCACCGUCUCUAUGGGAUGUUCCCCUGUAACUUCAUCUCCUACCUGAGGCUCCACUACAGCAUGAAGGAGAACCUGGACACCUUCCAGGAGGUGGUGAAGCCGAUGUUAGAACACGUCCGGGUUCAUCCAGAACUGGUCACCGGGACUCAGGACUAUGAACUGGACCCGUCCAGGUGGAGGUGUUAUGAAGUCCAUGACAUCGUGAUCGAAUGUUCUCGAGUGUCUCUGGAUCCUCUAGAGUCGUCCUGUGAGGAAGAUCUGAGCUCCUCCUCACUGCCUCACCUGGAGCUCACCUGCAGCUCAGACGCUCCCAGCAGCUCAGGACGUCCAGCCCACCUGUCCCUCAACUCCUCCCACAUUCAGGCUGAUGUCACAUGGAGCCCCUCCUCCCACUGUGGUCUGUCGACGCCUCCACCUGAACCUGCUUCUACAGGCUCCGCCCCCCUGAACAGGUGCACCUCCAUCUCAGGUGUGAGGUCAUCAGUCUCCAUCCCUGUAGCUCCGCCCCCUGAUGUUGUCCCGCCUCCUGACAGCCAGGGGAAGCAGCCAAUCAGGGAGAGGCAGGAGAGAGCCCGCGGUGAUGUCAUCAGCAGCAGCAGAGAAGAUCUUCAACUGGAGCUACCUCCCCGCUCCUCAGAGCCCCACCCCCUCACCUCCCAAGAGCCCCGCCCCCUCACCUCCACUCCCUGUCAUGAUGACUCAUCAGUCCCCCCUCCCCCCUGCCUCACCCCUCCUCACACCCUAUCAUUGGACGGCCUGUCUGGCCCCGCCCCUCCGUAUGAUCAGCUGUUUGAGCUGGCUCUGCCUCGUGCCGCCUCGCUGUUUGUGGAGAAGAAGACGCAGGAGGCCCUGCAGAGGGCGGGGGGGGAGCAGGGGGGAGGAGUCGAGGGGGAGGAACUGGUCUCCCCCCUGAAGGUUCUGGAUCAACUGAUCGUCCACGGACACGACGCCCACCAGUACCGGAGCAGGAGGUUCUCUGCAGGUUCUAAGUUGGGGGAUCGAAGUCUCUCUGGAGGUAAACAGCAGAGCAUGAGAACCAAAGGCCCCGCCCAGGGGGAGGAGCUCCAGUGUGUGAGGAGUCAGCUCCUAUUGGUCCACAGCCAGCUGCAGUACGAGCGUUUCAAGCGUCAGCAGCACGCCAUCAGGAACCGCCGGCUGCUGCGAAGAGUCAUCAACGCCACAGCGCUGGAGGAGGACAGCGUCGCCAUGAGGGAGCUGCUCUCCAUUCAGGACGAUGAGAUCCGGAGUCUGAAGACGAGUUUAGAAGAAGAACAGAGACGGAGCUCACAGCUGCUGAUGGACACGAACACACACAUCCAGCAGCUGCAGACACACAACACACACCUGGAGCAGCAGCAGCAGGAGGAGCAGAGACACACACAGAGACUGCAGAGUGAGCUUCAGGAGUGUCAGAGCAGACUGAGGGACGUGGAGGCGGAGCUUCAGAGAGCCAAUAACAAGGCGUAUAAUGCUGAGCACCAGCUGACCCAGCUGUCACUCAAGCUGAGCAGCAGCCAACAGCUGCAGCAGCAGAUGUUCCUCCAGAACCAGCAACUGGUUCUGCUCAGAGAAACCAACCGGUUUCUGACAGAACACCUGGAGGGAGGAGAGACGCAGCGCUGUUCCGAGGCAUCCAUGCUGCAAUGCACUGUGGGUAAAGACUACCAGAGGCUGAAGGACAGCGACGUCCAGCUGAGACAGAAGCUGGAAGCAGCCAAUCACAGGAUCUCUGAGCUGGAGACACACCUGAGCAAGAAAGACCAGCUGAUCCAGGAACAGAAGAAGCUGCUGCAGGACACCAAGACCCAGAGCAGGGCGGAGCUCUUGGCCUCUGACAGCCGCUGUGUCGCUCUGAGGAGAGCCAAUCAGACGCUGCAGACGGAGAUGCUUCACCUGUACAGUCAGACUCACCUGAACGACGGCAGCAGGCCCGACGACGGCAGCGUCGCCCUCCCCGUCGCUCAGGGCAACAGGCCCCGCCCCUCCUCUGCUGUGGGGAUUCUGAACGGCACCGUGGAGGCGCUGUCCUCCUCCCCCCUCCUCCCCUCCCGCUCCUCCUCCCCCAUCGACUCCCCCCUCGCCGUCGGCUCCUUCCUGGAGCAGCGAGCGCGACAGCUGUUCAGACCGGCCAAUCAGAGGCAGGAGGACGAGGAGCCGACCAAUCAGAGCCAAGAGGAGGAGGAGGAGGCCCAGCUGGGGAGUCCUCCUCUGGGUCAGGAGGUGGAGGAGGAGGCCUCCCUCCUGGCUGGAAGCCCCCAGACAGAUCCUCCGGGGCGGAUAGCAGCUCCAGACCUGACGCUGGCCGUCCGCCAGAGGAGACACGAGCUGAGCAUCAUGGACUACGACGAGACGCUGCCCGAGUUCUGAAGGAGGAGGAGGAGCAGGGGGAGGAGCUACCAGAGCUCAGCAGGUGUUGCAGCUGGAGGUCCAGUUCAGAGGGACACCGUGAAGCUUGAAGGUUUUUGCUGCAGCAUCAAACACUAAAGCCAGAAUUUAUCAGAACUCUAAAUCUCUGAUUCACUUUAAAGCUGCGUUCUUCAGGGUUCUACAGACAUGAAGGUGAUCUGGGGUUCCUCAGGGUUCCUCUGGGUUCCUGCUAACAGCUGAUCUGCUGCUUUCUGAUUUAAACUGACAGCAGCUCUGAUUAUUGAGGAACUGUAAUCCUUUAAAUCUGCUGUUUGAUUAUUGAUUAUUAAUGAUUGAUUAUUGACAGUUGAUUAUUAAAGAUUGAUUAUUGAUUAUCAGGUGAUCAGAACGAUGUCCUCAGAUGUUCGUUCUCUGAAGCUUUCAUUCUGGUUUUUCUGUUGUCAGUAAGUUCAUUGAUUAAUCAGUUAAUUGAUUGGCUCUGUGAUGUCACAGUCCUGAUGAUGACGACCUGAACCUUCACUGUAUGGCAUCAUGUUUGAUGAUGUCAGAGGCUGAAGGAAUCAGCUUGUUUCCUGUCAACAAACCAAACAUUGAACUCAACGUUCCCGAAGAGACAAACUGUGAAAAGUUCAAUAAAGAAUCAAAACUCUGA